UGGAGUACACUCGCCAGUCUUUGGAAUUGACUGCCUCUAUGAUAGGGAUGCUACAGCGGAGCAUCGACCUGUUGACCAUCUAUGGCAUCUCGGCCCCAUUCCAGAUUUCGGCCGCGAGAGGUGCUCUAGCUGGACCAUCUGUUCCUACUCGAGGAGGAGGGGGAGCCAAGUGGGGGAUGACAUUCCAUAGCCAGUGCAGACAUAGGCACGCUCAUGCUGAGAGCAGUUCGCGAGAGCCCUCUCCCGAUGAUUCUGACGAGGAGACAGCGUCGUCCCAGGGCGAGGCCGGAGACAGCUCAGAUUCUGACUAUGGAGAUGGCGGUGGUGACCCUAGACCCUCGUCCAGGAAGAGGACCAGGACUGACUCCCACACUUGCGGCCAUCGAUAUUGAUCAAGAUAUUCUGCUGCUUUUUCUUUUCUUUGCUCUGUUCAAACAUUUGGUUGUUUUCUCCUCUUUUUUUUUUUUUUUUUUUUUUU